GACAUUCUCAUUCAUUUUUUGACAGUUGACAUCUAAAAAUUUGUAACUUUUUUUAAUAAUCUGUGGUAUUUCAUUCAAGUUCCACUCUUCAAUCAAAAGAAAAAAAAUACGUCUGUCAUUCACGACCAAUUUAUUUUCGUGUUUUAUAAUUAAUUUUGUUUGCUAUAUAUUUAGAUUUGCAUGUAAAUUUUUGUUAUUUCGCUAAUAGUGUUAGCAUAAAAGAUAAUAGAAAAAACAUGAACCGUUUUUGUUCACGAUCGUCGACGUAACGUUAAUUUGUUUCGUCGUUGUGUGAUCGUGUCUUGUGAUUCGAACGUUUCCGUGAAGUGCAAUGUGGUGCAGAUAGCUUGGUCUUAUAGUGUGUGAAAUGUCACAACAUGGAUGCCCUGAGAGACUUUCGAGUAGAUCGAAGGGAUUCCAGGAAGAAGGUGGUCAGGCCACGAUGGAGGUGCUGGUGGAGACGCUCACGGGUACUGCUUUUGAAAUGACCGUGUCACCAUCGGACACCGUGUUCGCGAUAAAGUCGAAGAUAUUUAGAGUAGAAGGUAUUCCCGUAUCACAACAGCACCUAGUCUACAAUCUAAAGGAGUUGGAGAACUGGUCGUCACUCGGCGAGCACGCCAUCGGGGCCGGAGCGAGAUUGCGCCUCGUGCUGGGCAUGAGGGGAGGCCCCGUCGCGACCAGGAGACUGCCCCCUCCGGAACCAUGGAGGGACAUUGAGAGAAUGCUCGAUACUGACAGAGACGAAGGGGCAAGUUCAAGUCGCGAAGGUGGCUGUAAGAUGACGGUGCUGGUGUUCCGAGACGGUGAGCGCGUGAGCAUGCUCAGCGUCAGAGAGAACCGCGACGGAACGUAUUCGCCGCUGGACCACAACAAGUGUCCACGAGUGAGCGAGGUCAGUCACCUGCCGGAUAAGGAGUACAGUUUAGUGGAGGGUCCUUGUCGGGGGGCGCUGCACGACAACGCGGUGACGAUGGGCAAGAUGAUGGAUCUGCGGCGCAGGAUGGAGACCCUCACGCUGACGCGGCCGCAGCUAGCGGCCAGGAACGAUAAAGCGGACAUACAAAAGACUCGAAGCGAAGAGACGCUGUCCCGUCAGUACGAGACGCAGCCGGACACGUUCACGCCGACCUACGACGGAGCCUACACUGGAUACGAAUACGAACCUAAUUUCCCCGAAAGAGGCGUGCUGGGCGCGUGGCUGUCGUCGUCCACGUCGCGGCUGGAGACGCUGGGCGCGCUGCCGGCGCUGAGCCGCCACGCCAACCGCGAGCACCUGCACCUCAGCGACGACCUGCUGCACCGCCCGCCGCCCGACAAGAAGCCGCCCCGCCUGCGCUGCGCCUUCUGCAAGAAGCGCCUCAGCAUCGCCACCGUGCACAAGUGCCGCUGCGGGGCCAGCUUCUGCGCGCCGCACAGAUACGCAGAGGUCCACGGCUGCGCUUACGACUACAAGGCGCGGCCCCACCCCGGCCUCGGCACCGCGCUGCUCGCGCCCAAGCUGCCCAAGAUAUAGUACAGUCCAGCUCUACAUACCGACGGUCCAAUUUUUAGUCUUACGCAUAUUGAUAGUUCGAAAGUUUAGGUUCGCUGCGGCCGUGUCGCCGGAGAGUGACGCGAGACGAUAGCCGAAGCUGACAACGGAACAAUAGAUAAUUGUUAUCUAUAUUGUAAUUUCGUUUUUACACAACAAUAUACUGUAAAUCUAAAUGAAUUAAGAUUCAAAUUUCAAUAACACUUAGAUUUUUCAUUGUUCAAAGAAUUUUCAGUUUAAAAUAAAAGUGUAAUCCUUUUUUACACCAUUAAAAAAAAUAUAGCCUCCUCUUUUUGGGACACCUUUGUUAAAUUUAUUAUAUAAUCUGUGAAAUAUUUUUUUUUUAAAUUACGAACUACUCGUUGGUACCUACGCCGUGAAGGAAUCCACAAUGAGACUUCCGCUUUCGAAUUUCGAAAUUCGAAACCACGUCCGUCCCGCUCUCGCACGUGGCGCUGACACUCAGCGAGAGAGAGCAGGACGCACGAUAUUUUUAUUACGCAUUUGUAAUGAAGCGUUUUAGCUAAAUGCUUAAAAGAUUAUAUAGACUAGGAGUUGAGACCGUCCUUUGUAACGUUAUGUAGAUGUGACGUGAUACUGACGUCACAUGAAUAUUGUUUCGGGGCGAGUAUUGCGAAACUUGUCCGUUGAAAUAUCUAUAUGCAAUUUUCAUUAACAGUGCUGUCUGUUUGUUGUGUAACAAGAUGAGGUAUUUGAUAUUUUUGAAGGAUAUCUGCCGCCUGUUACACCAAUCAAUUGGAUUUAUUUCGACCUCAAGUUCGACCACUCGCACCUCAAGCAAGGUUCACGUUUCGUCUAUAUCGCUCUAUAUACAAUUUUACGAAGAAAAAAUAAUCGUAUGUUAUUGAUGAAUGUUAUUAGAAAUCGUUUUUUUUAUGAUAAAAAUCGAUUUUUGUAAUAAAAAUGUAAAAAAAAAAAUUCGCACGUCUCGAUAGAAAAAUUCACGGUUUUCUCGGUGUUGUUAAUGAUUUUUUUAACUUUUUUUUUUCGUGUUAAAUUUCUAAAUGAUUAAUUCAUACACGAUGAUAAGAAGAUUAUACUAAUACUAUUAUUAUUAUAAUUAUAAUUGUAAAUAUGAAAUGGUUAUUGUGCGUUGUAUGCGGGGAAUGAGAUUAUCCAAAACAGAACGAAGUAUUUUUGCGUGGUUCUGUUUUGCUUAAACACAUUUUUCUUUUGUGAUAAAAUUGUUAUAUAUGCAAAAAAAAUUUUUUUUUGAGAACUAGAAUUGGAUUUUGUAAUGUUUUUUUUUUUGUGCCGGAUUCGCUUGUUAUUAUUUUGAGCUCGUGUGAAUGAGACAGGUAUGGUCUGACCAAAUUGGAGACAUUGUGUACUGUGUUAUGAUAGUCGAAAUACUAACGUCGUUUUAAAUCGCGAGCCCGCACGGCCGGGCACCACCGUCCUGCCUGUUUCUGCAUCUGCGUCAGACGGUUCUACUCUACGGACCGGAACACUAGCACCGACCCGGUCAGUCCUGAAGGAUAUCCAACAAGUUCCUGAUAAAUAGACUUAUAAAGAUUUAGAGCCGUCCGUUUCUUGCGUGCGUAUACACGAUGCCGGAGAUGUUCACGUACACCAACGGAAUUUCGCUGUAUACCAUGAGGUCGAAGUCUCAAUGGCUUUGCAGUGUUGCAACGAACGCGUGUAUGCUCCACGACGCCGCGCUUGGGGCAGCUCGUGCGCGGGAGGUGGUGGGGAGGGUUGGGGGAGGGGCGUAUUAACUCCUCGAGACACGACCGGCCUCUAUAUAAAUGUGAUAAUGUUAUGAAAUAAAAUACGAUUAAAAAUGCUAUUUAAAUAAUAUUAUGCCAUUUGUGUGUGUUUCUUUUUUUUUUGUAAUUAAAAAUAUUUGAAAGGAAAAAAAAAUUAAUAAAAAAAUUAACUUUGCACGGAUUAUUAUUAAUACGUAAAAAUAAUGCAAUAAUAUUUACGUAAACCUCGAAAGAAAAAUCAAUCAUUAAUAUUAUUUUGUAACUAUAAUGAUACGUGGAAUUUUGUUUUGCAAAUUAGAGCAGUUAAAGUCAGUUUUUCAUUUGAGGAUGACAUAGAGAGCUAUUAGGCGCUAUUCGACAAUACGACCAGGACCUCCAAGGGAAAACGUCGUGAUUUUGUGUUAGCUAGAUGUUUUUUUUUUAUAACGCCAUCUUGUUCUGUCUUUAAAGCGAUUAGUUGCACUCAAUUAAGAAAAAAUAGUAUUAUUAUUCGCCAAUAGAUGUCGGGAAGAGUUGAUUAUUGAAAACACGAAUAAAACAAAAUUUUCUGAAAAUAAAUCGUAGCUAGAUCGUUUUAUCGAAAUCCCCUGUAUACUAAAUUUUAUGAAAAUCGUUGGAGCCGUUUUCGAGAUUCAGAUUAUAUAUAUAUAUAUGUACAAGAAUUGCUCGUUUAAAGGUAUAAGAUCAAAUAAAUUCGUCACGCGGUACAUACAGAAUUCAUUUAUCUACUUUGAGCUCUGAUCCCGGCAGCCUCUUCAUAGCAUCCAAGCAGCCUUUCUCAUAUACAACAUGAAAGAACAUGAUAAUGAUUCGUCGCUGGUGGGUGAGCUCCGAACCUCAUCCUGGGAGUGCUUGCUAAAGUUAACAGUCACACAAAAUCAUUACCUUGGUAACAUAUAAAAUUGUCAAUGGCUGGCAAUGUUGUUGAGGAGCUUAAAUUUGAAUAAGGGAAAAAUUUUGUUUCAAUAAAAGUUUUAUAUGAGAGUUGUCUGUCUUAACAAAUUGGAUAAAAAAUAAGGGAAUUGAUGAGUAUUUGAUCUUAGCAAAUAAAGCAACGGAUGAUUCAAGAUUUCAACCGCGUUUUUAUUGUAAUUAUACGAAAUUUUGCCGACUUCGAUUCUCUCAAAAGGGGUGAAAUUCGCGUAUGUAUAAACAUUGGUGUGAAUACGCAAUAAAUGUAGACACUCGUGGGUUUUAUAGUUACAAGCCGGCAGAGGGCAUUGCUACUACGAAACUAUCUAUGUAGUCUGUGCUAUAAAUUCGAAUUAUGCCGGAAUUUCUCUCGACUAUCAAACUGAAGCUGACGACUGUCUAAGGGUGCCUGUCAACUGGAGCGGAGCGAGGCAGCGGAGUGGAGAAACAGAGAAAUAUUAACCAAUCUCCUCCUCCGUACGUCGUGUUCCUCAGUGCUGAGGAUCGUAACCUUUACAGAAUACAUACGUAAAGGUUUUCUUGGGAAAAUUGCUAGUGGUGGGUUCCCGCGUCCUUCCACAGCAGAAUUUCAGAGGCGAUCUAGUUCCUCUGGGUUACUGAAGCCCUAAUUCGGGUUAGUUGCUCGGCGUUAUAUUUUUACGGCCCAGUAGGUGGCAUACCGACGCCAACCCUUCUCUUUUCUCAUCCGGGCUUGGGACCGGCAAUGGCAGGAUUGCAAAAUGAUUUUGUGCAAUCUUAUUGGUUAAUAUUUCUCCGUUUCUCCGUUCCGCUCCGGUGGACAGGCACGCGUAUACUCCGCCAGUGAGACUAAACGAGGUAGAAAGCAUCGAGGAAGGAGAUAAAUAAAAAGGUAAUGCUGCUGCUAUACGAUUUAAGUGCAUACAGUAGGUAGCACGGGUCGCGUUCUUGAUGGUUAGGUCGACAGCUUCAUUUAGGAUCUUCUAACUUAGAACGACAUAAUGGCAAAGACACCGAUUAGCAACAGCUCAGCUACCCAGUAAUAUGCUUAUUGACAGCGGCCAAACAAUACGGUGAUUAUGUGGGAACAGUUUCAGUCAAACGAGUUUUUUUUUUUAAAUAUGACAAUCUGUUGUGGCCGGUUGUCUUUUUUUUUGAUAAAUUUAAAUUUUUUUGGCUGUACGUGCUAUUACGUUAUAGUUUAAUUUUUUUUACAUUCAAUUGAAUUUUCUAUAUCAAUUUUUUCGUAUCAAUAAAGUCGGUCUCUGUGUUAAAACUUUAAUUAAUGAAUAUAAAUAGGUGAGUGAAAUGAAGCCGUCUUUGAGUUAAAAAGGAGCUUAGUCAAAUUUGUACUUUUAUCGUUAGCAAUGGCGUCACGAUGAUAUAGACGCGGUUUUAAUGUUAAUUGCCCAUUUUUCGCUUUAUAAAUAUACAAAUUAUUCUUAACUGGAUUCUUAGCUUGCAGGUAUUUUUUUCCGACGAGAUCGGGACUGAGUAUGUAUUAAUUUGCAUCGGCGCAAAAUGUCUUUUCACGUUAUGACGUUAUUUUAGAUUCAAGAACCGCAUUGUUUAAAGUUUCUGAAGUUCCGCAAAUGAUUUUCUUAAUUACUUCAUACUAAAAUCUUAUUAAAAAAAUAUAUUCUUUGUUGCAAAUAUUUGUCUACAGGUUACAAUUCUUGUCUUGCAUUUAAAAAAAAAUACUCCGGCCGAAUGUGUCUACAUUAGUUUUUCAUAGGAUUUGUAUAUUAUAAGUUUAUAUUUGUAUUAUAAAACGUGUAAUUUUUAAUUUUUGGUUAUGAUUAUUUUGGCAGUUUUCUUAAAUAAACUAUGAUGAUGAACGCGAA